AUGAUAGCUAUUGGAGGUUUCCAAAUAUUGUUCCAAAUUUUCAGACAUCGGUUAUCCAAAGAAUCAUGGAUCGUUUCCAAAAGUGGAAAGAAGCUCGCAAUCAACAGUGAUGGCACGCUAUGUCUUGAACCAGCAGAUGUUAUCAUCGUCGAAGGAAUUUUGACAUUUUAUGAUGAACGAAUUCGAGAGAAGUUCACUAUGAAACUGUUUGUUGAUGCAGAUGCGGAUGUUCGAUUGGCAAGACGA